AUGGCUCUCUUAUCAGACGUGGAAAGGUUGUUUGAUGAGGAACUACAAAAACAGGCCGAUCAUAUCAGACAACAACUUGCAAUGGGAGUGAAGAAGGCUUAUAAAGAGGUGGUGGAUGUCAGCUUUGCUGAUGCCCACAGAACAGGAAUGACACCCAUAACCUUUGUGCGUCAGGUCCUUGCUGCAUGUCUUUAUCCGGAUCUCCUCCUCGACGACACACUUCCUGUGGAUGUGCGACAGAGAGCAGAGAGGAUGCUGGGACAUUGUGAUGGAGGCAGCGUGGGGGUUGGACUAGCUGCACUCCCUUAUAGGCUGCAGGAGAAGAGUGGCUGGACUUUGGAGAAGAAGGAGCUUCAACGCGUCAUCCAGGCCUCUAGGGGGCGAUGUAACCCCAGAGCCAUUUACAUCUCAAACCCAGGAGAUCCUACAGGGCAUGUGCACAAUAGGAAGACCAUACAGGAUGUGGUUCGGUUUGCUGCAGAAGAAAACCUGCUGUUAUUAGUGGACGAGGUUUACCAGGACUGUGUGUUUGGACACGAGUGUGAGUUCCUGUCGUAUAAGAGGGCUCUCUUUGAGAUGGGUCCCGUCUACUCAGGCUCUGUGAAGAUGGCAUCAUUCAACUCCCUCUCCAACGGCACCAUGGGAGAGUGUGGCAUGAGGGCAGGGUACAUGGAGCUGGUGAACUUUGAUGAUGCUGUGCUGCCAUUUGUUGAAAUCUUGCUGACUGGUGACAUCAGCCCUCCUGUGACUGGUCAGAUUGGACUUGAUGUCAUGGCUGAUCCUCCACGCCCUGGCGAGCCGUCUCACAGCAGAUAUAUGCAGGAGUUGUUGUCCUGUAAGAAUACUCUUAGGCAGAAUGUAGAGAGAGGGAGGAACUUACUCAGUUUGCUGCCAGGAAUUCACUGCCCACCUGUAAUGGGAGGAGUUUACCUGUACACACACCUUACCUUGCCACAGGUCAUGGGAGUGAGUGCUGGGCCACUGUACUGUGGGAGACUCCUAGAGGAGGAGGGUGUGUGUGUGGGGCUUAGCGAGUGUGUGUGUGAUGACCUCUCAGCCACAGGAAGCUGCUGGCACAUAAGCUGGAAGACCUGCUGGGACGUCUUGGAUCCUUUCACCUUCGCUUCCUACAAGAACCAGCACAAAACCAAGACGUGA